AUGUCGCGAAAGACGGCGACCGGCCGCGUCCUCCGCGAUAUGGACCCCGACACAAUCUACUUUACUCAUGCGCGUGUGCGUCCCGUCUUCACGGGCUGCAACAAGCGUAUCCAGGACACGUUGGACGAGAUUGUGGCCGGCACAACCAAGGUGACCGACAUUCCCUACAUCACUGUGAUUGAGAACUUUGAGCGCCCAGCUGGGGAGGACAGCGAUGCCGAGGAGGAAGAAGAUGGGCGCAAGCGCAAGAAAGGGGGUGGGGGACGGAAGGGAAAGGGAGCCAAAAAGGAGGUUGGGGAGGCAACACCGUUCUACUUUUCGCUCAAUAAUCGGCGGCUGUUCCUGUUCAAGACGCUCAAGCAGCGGGGGUUGAUCGAUACCGUCGCAGUUCAAGUUAAGCCGGCGCUCGAGCGCGAGCGGACAAAGUAUACCCGCGAACGAUGGAUGAGCAACCAUGAUCGCGCCCCCAUCAACACUUCCUCGCGCAGCACAUACUCGACUCCCUCCACUUUGCCGCAACUUUGCAGCACCGGCGUUGCCUGCUUUAGACCCCGCGGACCGACUGCUGGCACUCCACGACGCGCUCCGUGA